AUGAUGAAUUCAAAAGGCAUACAUAUCAAGUGCAAAUAAUUGAUUUACAAUUUAUAGCUCCAUUUCAAGAAUGGCGAAGUUAUAAAACUCGAUGGUUAUUCCACCUACUGCAAUCGCAUUGAUAGGAGCUCAUCGAUUAUAUCGAUUUUAAUAUUUGCACCCCUUCGAGUUGUUAGGAACAACAUAUUGUAUUACGGUUUAAGUAUUCUGUCUUUGAUUUUGUUGGCAUCCAUAUGGUCUAUGUAAUUAGAAUUAUGAUAUUGUAGAGAUUAUCCGCAAUAUGAAUUUUAUUUCAUUUUCUCAUUUUAACUGCUUGCCCAUGUCGGUGUAGAGCUGUAUAAUAAAUUCAAAAUUAAUGGGUUAGACAAAAAAUUAAACAAUCAAGAAAAUAAAAUACUGAAAUAAUGGGACGAAUGUAUUAGCAAUAAAGAAAUAUUAAAAAGAAUCAAGUAGAAGGCAGCCACAAAACAUAAAAUAGAUGAUGUAAAAGAAAGAGAUCGAAAAAUCUCUUUUAAAAAUUGUGACAAUUUGCAACGCCAACCAAGCCAAAGGAGUAGAUCAUCAGGAUGUAUCGUACUUGUUCUUAUUUAGUGCAAUCACAACUUUCUCGAUUAUCAUUGAAUCAAGGCAGAGCCAAGAGUCCAUCAAAUCAACACAUAGAUCGCCUCGAAAAGAUAGGCUCCAGAUUCUCAGCAAUGAGUCCCCUGAUCCUUCAAGAUAUGCAAAUAAAAAACCAAUCCAAAAUCAAAUUGGUAUAGGACCCAGCAAUCAGCAAUUUUAUGCAAUAAAUGCCAAGCAUGUUCGGCAAAAUCAAUUCAAAAAUCAAAAGACCCCAAGAAAACAAAGGUGCCAAAAACACUGACAAAAUGGAUCUGAUCAAAUCAAUCAACUCUUCAGAAAUCCAAAUUGGAGACGUAAUUAUUGUAGAAAGAAAUCAAAUUGCCUCUUGCGACAUCCUCGUUUUAUAUUGCAAUGACGAAAUUUAUACUGUCUAAAACCAACUCUGCGGCUACUCAGACAAGACUAUAAGAAAGCCAUUAAUUUUAAACAAAUGUAAUUCUUACUUUUGAUUGCUAGUUGAUUCACAUAAUUUAGUUCUAUUCAAAAAGUCCUUUACUGGAACGAUACAUUUAACUGAAACCUCAAACAGUAUGUAGGGGUACUUGUAAUUAAAAAAAGACCCAUAAUCCUACAUAGUGCAAGACGAUAAUUUCAUAUUCGCAUAAGAGAAAUUGCUCAAUACACCAUGGGUAAUUGGAGUGGUAGUUAAGGUUGGGUUAAAGUGUCGCUGUUAUAGGCACUUUCAAAUCAAACCUUAAGUGCCCAACUACCCUUAAGAUCUAUUGCUCACUCUUGUAUUUAUCUAAUUUGCACUCCUAAUUGUAAGAAUUAUAGUUUAAGAAUUUAGAUAAUGUACAUCAUAAUCUCCCAGAUCGACAACGUGAAUUAUAAUCUGGAUCUGAUGCAACUAAUUAUUGAAAGUCUUAUGCAUUUAACAUUUCUCCUUCCCAACAGUUUCGCCUUCUAUUAUUCCAUUGCCGCUCUCUAUCAAUAAUAAAUGAUCCAGAAAAUCAACCACUUGGAUAUCAAAUAAAUAAAGGACUUUCAUCCAGAGCAAUAUUACAAUAUAAAGAGAAUAUCCAUGAAUUUGGAUAGUCUUCUUGAUGGUAGUUUUGAGAUCAAAAAUCUCGUAUACAAGAAUCAAAUCUGCUACUGUAAAGAGUCGGAAUUGAUGCUUUAAGCUUUGGAGGUGGCUUCAUCCGUCAAUAGUCAAAAUCUAUUUAAGACUGCUUACUCAAAGGAGGACUCAAAGCCAGAAAUAUAGCUCUCCAAGAAUAUACAAAAUAAUACUUAUAAUGCUGGGAAAUAUUAGGAGGAUGAAAUAAUCAGUGUAGGUGAAGACGAGGAUGACAUCGGAGCAAAUAUGCCUCAAUCCAUUGAAUUUAGAUUAAUCAGCAAUUUUACUAACCUAACUCAAUAGGAUGUGAAUAUUGUGGUUCAACCACUGAAUGCCUCUGAGAGAAGCGAAUUCCAACCAAAAUCAACAAAUAGAAUUCACCAAUCCAUUCAUAUCAGGAGUCUUAGAUAAAUUGCUAUGAAGGAUAGUAGAAUAGAUAGAAAGUCAAUAAAUUUAAAUGAGAUGAUUAAAUCCAUCAACACCAACAAUGAAAAUCUGGCGUUGCUUCAACUAAGUUUGAAUCAAGUUUCUUAUACAAAGUUAAUAUCCACAGUGACAGGGGAGGAAAAGCUUAAGAAUACUCACGUUAAUAUUUUAGACGAGAAGUAAAUUUAAAUUGCAAAAUCCUUUGGGGUUGAAUUAGUUUGUGUAAACAAAGUUUAGUAAUUAAUUAAUUUAAUUUAGAAACACACUCUCGUACAUAAUUAAAUAGAAUCUGUAAUUGUAUUCUUUCAAGUUGAUUGAUAUGUAGAUGCAUCGUCAUCAUCAGAGAUUAUACAUGUUAUUUGAAUUGGACCCUGAAUACGAAAAACUACUGAAUGCUCCUUACAUCUUAUUCAUCAGGGAAUCCAACAAUAAAGUGCCAGAAAUGAUUGAUGAUUUGAAGACUGGAUUAAGAUCAUCACUCCCUAUUAUACCAAAUCAUGACAAUGAAUAAAUACACUAAAUCCAUUACUUCUAUUGCUUACUCAAUCAUUAAGAUGCCGAGGCCUAUGUUAGUUAAUAGGCAUCAACCCAGUAAAACACACUUGAGACAGAGGACAUCAUUUAUAAUUCAUUAGAUUCAUUAUAACUCAAUAUCGUUUUGGGAUUCAAAUAUAAUUUAAAACCAUAAGCCUCUGACUUUAUCAAGAAUGUUGAAAAAUCUUAAUAACAAUUAUUGUUAUAUACUGAAUAAUACUUUGCAUUUGCUAAUUCGAUACUUUCUUAAACUGAUAUACAACAUCAUAAUAAAUUCGUGUUUGAGUAAGACAAUGAGGAAGACCUUAGAGCUUAUUUUAAGAAAUCCUUACAAUAGUUUUCAUAGAUCUUUUAAGAGUAGUAACCUAUGUUUGGUUCAUAGAUGCAUUCUCUCAAGCAAUUAUCGAAUGUUAAUCCUUCAAUGCUCUCAAAUAAGAAAACCUCCGAAGAUUUUCAUAAUACUUCUUCUAUUGUUGUGAUUCUGAGCAGCUAGGCCUUCAAGAUUAUUGAGAAUAAUAGUUAUAUGAUCAAUCACCUUAAACUUCUACUUAGUUUCUCUAAGGUAACACUUCUAUAUGAUGCUAAUCCCUCGUCAUUAGAACAUCUUUAACAGUGCUUUGAUGGUCCUAAUAUGACUCUGAAUCUGAUAUUUGAGAAUCAAGGCUUGCUGAAGAGUUACUAGGGAUAUCAUCUUUAAGUUGCCUUGUUAUAAGAGUUUAGUUACUUCUAGCAAUUCAAAUAUGAUAACGUUAACAAGUAGACCUUCUUUAAAAAAAUGAUACAAUCAUUGAAAGUGAGACUAGUCUACGAAGGAUGUAAAUAUUAUAAUAUUAACAUUUAAGGUUUAUUUAAUGAAUUAUUAAUAUUCCACAAUUCAGAUGCGAUACUGUCAGGAUUUAAUGAAUUGAAUGAAUUUCUGUUCUAUUAUGUGCCCUUGUUGAAUGUGCUAUCGAAAUAUUAGAUUAGAGUUGCUUUUGAAAGAACUUUGUUCUUCUCUUGUUUUGCUGUAACAUUUUAUAUAGUGAAUGUUAUCCAAUUUAAUCAACCAUUCAAUAUCAUUCUGGAAUUCAUAUUUUACUCUUUCUUCUACACUUUGGUCAUCUACAUUUUAGCAACAAUUGAGUUCAUUACAAUUUACAAGAAUCACAAAACAGAUGUCCACCAAUUGAGGGUUAUAGAGAGUUACAUAAACAUGUCAAAGAAAUAACGCUAUUACUUCUACUUUGGAAUCAAAUGUAGAUGCUUUAUAUCUAUUAUUAGCCAUCCUCCAAGGACUCUUGACUUAAUUGAUAUUUUCCUAUCAAUAGAAACUCCAGACUGUCGAUGUAGUAAUAGUGUACACAUUUGUAUCAAUUACUGUAAAUGAUGCCAUUAAUACGAUGAUCAAUAUGGGACUAAUUGUGAUGUCGAGUAUCGCAUAUGUUUUAUGCUUUUCCUUUUACAUUUUGAUUCACUUUACAAUCAUGGCUCCCAACUCCUAAUUCACAUUUGAAAUAACAAAUCUCUUUGAAAUCCUAUUAACCAUAUUCAUGUUGCAAAUCUCUGAGUCAUGGUUGUAGUACUUCGCUAUGUUAUAGGUGCCUGACAUGGACGGGAGGUUUUAGAGAAUCUACAACUAGUUCAAUCUCUACAAAAGUGAAAGCUACUAUAGACAUCACUUCCUUCUAUUAUUACAAAGGGAAAUCAAUAGGGUAUUUGAAAAUUUCGAACAAGUCGAUCUGAACAUUUAAAAAUGUAUGAGUAUGUUCCAUUCGUAUCAUAGUAUUACUAAAUAGGAAGACCUUGCCAUAGUCGUUGGGAACAUGGCAAUCGCAGGUGUUUUAGAAGGCCUAAUCGAUUAUGAAAUGGAGAAAGAAAUCAACUAUUUAAGGCUUACAAUUAAUUUGUUUUCAUUGCUAGAUGCUAAUAAUAAUUUACUCUCAAUCAGGUGACACUUAUUAUUUCCUCAUAAUUUACAUCGUUUACCUCAUCAUUUAAGUGUUGUUGUUUUGGUUCUAAUUGAUAUAUAAAUUAAACUCUAGACAAUUGCAAUACUUGGAAGUCCUCAAGUUUAUGAUUUGUGGAGCUGCCACUCUCAUAACAAUAAUGGGCUUAUCGAUCACCAAUAUGAAUUCCAUAUAUCAUCCUUUUACUGAAUUGCUGGUGACCUUCUAAUUAUCAAGCAAAUUGCACCCCAUUUAUGACAAUCGAUUAUACCUGAUCCCCACUGUGGUCGUAUUGAUUGCCUAUUUCAUAAUGUAGCUAUUACAGAUAUACAAUUAGAUUAAUUGUUAAAAUAGAGAUAGCUCCCUACUUCAUAAUCAUUAAGAUUGUCCUGAUCCUGUUGUUCUCUGUCCAGCAGUACGUCAUUAAGAGUUAUGUAAGAAGUGUUUCAUUAUUUCAGUUCAUUUUGUUGGAGGAAGAUCAAGCCACCAAUUAGAUCAACUUUAUUGAAGAGAACAACAAAAUUCACGAUAUCUUGGGCAUACUCCUGCCCAAGUUUAUUAGACAUCGUCUGAAUGAGAGUAAGACUUCGUCAUUAACAUAUGUUAUAGCUGAUGAGUACAAUAUCCAUUAGAAUCAAGGGGAGGUGGCCAUUGUUUUUUGUGACAUAUGCAAUUUUGAUCAAGUAAUAAUGGAAGAAUAGGAGAACAUCGUACAAUUCUUAGAUGAUUUAUUCAGAACCUUCGACAAAUAUUGCGAAUUUUGCGGAGUUUAGAAAAUAGAAACUGUGGGUAAGACCUACAUGGCUUCAGCCGGUCUCAAGGCAUGCGAACAAGAGUUGGUCUACUUGUCUGAAAUUCAACCAGUUCAAAGAGCCUUGAAUCUGGCUGAAAUGAUGAUGAUUUAUAUUAGAUCCAAACUGUAAGUUUAUUCUAUAACCAUUAGAUGGGGUAUUAAUAGUCAGCCAUUGGUCGGUAAAAUCGGGAUACAUUAUGGAAGAGCAAUAUCUGGAGUAAUUGGAUUUCAUAAGCCUUAAUUUUCGUUGAUUGGAGACACUAUCAAUACCACAAGUAGAGUGUGUUCAACUGGAUAAGAAGAUAAAAUUACUUUAUCAGAGAAGGCCUUCGAAUAGUUAAAUAAUGAUAAGAUAGAGUUUGAGGUCCGAUAUGUCGAGAUGAAGGGUUUGGGUUUGAGACCGACAUAUGUGUAUCUCUAAAAACUAAAUAUCAAGAAUAGUAUUUCAAAAGGUGAUGUCAGUAAUAAUUCUAGCAAAUAAAAUACAAUUAAUAUCACAAACAGAGUGAAAAGUUAAUCCUUUUAAAGAAAUGGUCUGAAAAAAAGAACUGUUGCUCUAUAGGAUCACUUAACGUAACGUUCAAGACCUAUUUUGUAAUUUUAAUUAUCAUGGAAUUUCUAAUAAUAAUAGCAAUAAUAAUCACAAUUAUGGCAGAAUUCACAAUCAUUAACAGAUGAACAAAUCAAUGUUAAAGGAUUACAAAAGUAACUCUCAAAUUGUAAUUUAAAUCAAGUCACCAAUUUAAAUAUUGUGGAAAAUGAAAAUGAAGAUAAAAUUAGCUUGAUUCAAAAUGCCUCUAAAACAGGCCAAUUGCAAAACCUAGAGAAUAUGAUGUAACGUAAAUUACACUUUGAAAAGUAUCAACCAGAAGUAGAUCAUUAUAUUGAUUACGAUCAACUACUUGUAAUUAUUAUUAUAAUCAUUGUUUUAGAAUGUAAUUUUAUUGAAAAAUGAAACUGGAGUUGAAGAAACCACUAUUUUGGAGAGUUCUUUUAAGGAAUUACUCCAAAAAUCCUAUUAUUAAAAUCAGAACAAUUAUUUAGAGUAUCAUGAUUAUAUAUAUCAGCAAUCGUAGACUCUUACUAAUAAAAUAAUACAAAUAUAUUCCUUGUAUUAUUUGAUCAAAUAGUUUUGCUUGAUUGGGGAUUAUCAUGUGAUAUCAGUCCCCUUGAUUAUACUAUAGUGGAUAGGAUGUGCCCUAAAUUUAAUAUCUCUGAUGAUAUAUAGGAAGAAGGUUAUAUCUUAUUGGAUAAUGCUAAUCUAUUUGGAAUUGAGUUUUUAACUAAUUAUUGGAGGACUCUUUAUUAUCUUUGAUGUGAAUAGCUUCUUAAGUUACUUACAUAUUAUUGAGAUGAUUUUUAUACAAUCUUUCUUUAGUAAUAUUCAAUUACUCCACUUUUGGAUUAAAAUAUUAUUUUGCAUACUUAGUUUCAUAUUUGAAGCACUCAUUUUAAUCUUUGUUGAUGAAUACAGGAUUUCUCUAUUUUUCGUCUUUGCUGCAGUAAUCUACAAUAUCAAUUACUCCUACUUUUUGGAAGAACAGCAAGUGGCUUGUUUUAAUUAAAAAAAUAUAUUUUAGAGUCAACAAGCCAAAGAAUCGCAACUGUUAUAAUAUUUGCUUCCAAGACAUGUAAGUAUUUGAUAAAUUUAGAUUUUAUAAACAUUCUUUGAUGACAAUACUAGAGCUAGAUGUUUGAGUGACAAAAUUGAAGAUGUCACCAUAUUAUUCGCUGACAUCGCUGGAUUCACUGAAUACUCUAGUAAAGUGACUGCUGAGUAGGUGUUAUUGAUGCUGAAAAAUCUAUUUGUUGAAUUCGAUAGGAAGUGUUAUGAAUUAAAUGUUUACAAACUGUAUACCAUAGGGGAUUGCUAUGUUGCCAUUGGAAUGAUAGAUUUCAACGAUAGGAAUCCUACUGAAGAGGCCAAGAACAUUGUGGAUUUGGCAUUUGAAAUGAUUAGAAUAAUUGAAAUAGUUAGGAAAUAAAUAGAUUUUGAUGGGUUGGAUAUGAGGAUAGGCAUUCACACAGGCUGUGUUUUUGGAGGAGUGAUGGGGACUGACAUUGUGAGAUAUGACAUUUAUGGUCCAGAUGUCCUCAUUGCCAACAAAAUGGAAUCGAAUGGGAAAAAAGGCCAAGUGCAUGUGAGUGCUGCAACAAAAAAAUUGUUAUAGCAGGAUUACGAAGACAAGUACUCUUUCACUUUCCACACAAAAGUCACCUUGUCUUCAAUCAAUAGAAGUAUUGAAGGCUUCAUCAUAGAAAGUUUGAUUGAAGAUCAAUACCCCUCUGAUUAGAUCAUUGAUCAUUAGAUCGAACCGUUGCAUUCAGAACAUUGA